CUGGAAAUGUGCUGGUGAUACUGUCCUGAUGCAGACUUUCCUUCCGUUUCAUUUAAGGGGGUAGGGUCAGACUAGCACAUUAAGAUGCAGGAGCCAGUUUCUGGAGACACGAACAUGGCCUCUCCCCCAUUGAAAACAUCAGUGGUGAACCCUGCAGCCAACCCCCGACGCAUGCGACGGAUCAUUGCUGAGGAUCCUGAGUGGUCACUGGCCAUUGUUCCACACCUCAGUGAGCUCUGCCUCCAGCGCAUCAUCAGCAACUUUGAAAAGAAUCCUAUUGUGGACCGUCUCCUGCCAGAACACCAAAGGAAGGUGCUGGACAGGAUUUCCACAGGCCUGCCUCUCACAGUGACUGCCAACCUGAUCAGCGACGAAGGCUACUGGAAGAGGUGCUGUACUGAGCGCUGGGCAGUGUGUGAUGUCUCCUGCUAUGGGGGCAGCUGGAAACGGAUGUUCUUUGAACGCCACCUGGAGAGCAUCCUGAAGUACUUCAUCCCUAACACAACCGACCCCAAUCAAGUCCUGGAGGUCAUCCCGCUCUGCAAGGAGUAUGUGAGGAAGCUGGAAAUCGAUCAGUUCCUCCCACCAGUGAAGCUGGAUCAGAACAAGGAAGAGGAUGACAUGUCCGAUUCUGGGAGUGAUGUUGGGGUCGAUGAAUUGUGCAUGCAUCACUAUGACCUAGGAGUGCUCACUGCUGCCCUCUCUCACCUAGAAGAGCUGCAUCUGACGUAUGGUGUGAAAGACUGUGGCAUGAACUUUGAGUGGAGCCUCUUUGACUUCACCUAUCAGGACUGUUGCUCUCUGGCCAAUGCUUUCAAGAAGUGCCACACCUUGAAAGUCUUCAAGCUGUGCCGGAGCAAAGUGGAUGAUGAAAAGACUCGGGUGCUGAUACGGAAUUUGUUAGAUCACCCAUGCUUGGUGGAGUUGGACUUGUCCCAUAAUCUGAUCAGGGACCGGGGAGCACGAGCCAUUGGCAAGCUGAUCAACCGUAGCAAGCUAGAAAUUCUGAACCUGUGUAAUAACCGGAUCCAGGCCCCAGGAGCCCAGGCUAUUGCUCAUGCCCUAGGCAAGAAUUCUACGCUGACCUCUCUGAACCUGCGCAUCAACUGCAUUGAGGAUGAGGGCGGCCAGGCAAUAGGCCAUGCCCUGCUGACUAAUGCCACCUUGACAUCUAUCCAUCUGGGAGGCAACGAGUUGUCAGAGCCGACAGCUACGCUGUUCUCCCAGGUCCUUGCUCAGAACACAGCUCUGACUAGCAUCAACCUUUCAUGCAACCACAUAGGGCUGGAUGGUGGGAAGCAGCUGCUGGAAGGAAUGUCAGAUAACAAAACUGUGACUGAAUUUGACCUGCGGCUGGCAGAGGUGGGGCAAGAGAGCGAGUACCUCAUUAACCAAGCCCUGAAGGCUAACCAGGAAAUUGCCCGUCUGAAAACCUUGUACCAGCCAAACUCCCUGGAAGAGAAAUCCCCAGAUCUGGAUUAGCCUAUCCCAUGCCCCUAUUUCCCACUGUAGCCUUUGAAAUGAAAUGUCUCUCCUCAUUAGGCAACUGUGGCCAUUUGACAUUAAUUCCUGAUUGGGUGAGGGGUAAGAAAAUGGAACAGACAGACUGGUGUCAGGGACCAGGCCCUACCUGGCAGUUGGACCCCAAAAGAGAUUUCUCACUGGCUUCUUCACACAGUGUGGUCAAGGGUUUGCCUUUUCUCCAACUUCCCAGCCCAAGCUAGGUUCCCAUUGGCUUCAGACUGGCCAAAGCCCACCCUGCCACUCUGGAAACUACACGUGCUCCCUCCAUUCAGUAGAUUUUUCUCAACUUAUCUGCUCUACUCAUUGUCUAGGACACCUGGUGAGGCUAGUAGCAUGAAUGCCUCUGAUAGUCAGCUCUUGGAGUAGCCUUUGCCCAGAAAUCACGUAGCUCAUUGUUACUGUGGGACAGAAUGCCAUGAAUGGAGACUCAAGGCUAGUGCCAAAGUUGGAUCUCCCAUGUGGUUCUGCCAGAAGGUGGUUUCAUGCUGUCAUUGGCAACUGGGAGCAAAGGAUGGUAAAUAACACCGGCACCCAGCCUUUGGGAGCAGCACACAAGACUUACAAGAUUGUCAUCAUAAAGUGGGAGCACAGUUGCCAGGGAAGAGCAAAUAAUAAUAUGGAAGACCCUAUCUAUGGUACAUGAGCUUGCUCUGCAAAAGCUUUGACGAGCUGGCCUCUCACUUGAGCUCACAGGGACUGCCACCAGACCCAGAAUGGAAGUCUUGAUAUGGGGCCAGUUACCAGGAUAUCUAAUUAUCAUAGUUCUUCCUUAGGGAGGAGUUCCUCUGGUAAAUAGACUGCCCUCCAUUUUGGAUUUCCUUCCCACACUAACCAGCUUGUGGUACAAAGCGGCACCCCAAGCAGACACACACACAUUUAAACAAGGGAACCAGCCCUUUGUCAGUCUCCCCAGGGGAUAGAGGCUUUGUGUUAUGUAUGGAAUCUGUUAAUGAAGCACACCCCAUUCUAAAAUGAAACGGAAGGGUUAGAUUCUCCUUCCACAGCAGGGUAUGUUUUAGAGGGCUUUAUAAGCUCCAUGCUGACAGUGUGGGAAACUUAAAAGGUCUCUGUUUAGUCCUAGAGCAGGUACACCAAAGACAGGCUUCCCAGUCCUGGCACUCUACCAAGACAGCAGGGAGCAUCACCUCUGGGGCAACAGGGGAGCUCAGUUUCCAUGUGAAUUCACUCCUCCAUUGCAGCAGUGCUGCUGGACUGUGUGCUGCUGACACCUGUCCAUAGGGAACUGUGCUGAGACUCCCAACUCAUUUCAUGAGGGGCUGAUUACUCCCCAGGUGUGGCUGAUGGGGCUGAUUACACUCAGAGGUGAUUUCAUCGUAGUACCUACCUCUCACAGACUGGCCUGAAAAGGCAUCUCCUGGAGUUAGUCUCAGAAUAUGUUUUUCUUUCUAUAACCUUUUCAAUUAUUUUUUCUUGCAAUAAAAUAAAACGGAAUUAUACAUAUUCUAUUGUAUUGGCUUCUAUUCUUACCAGUGAAAUCAAUUGGCAGUCUAUGAAGGGCAUACUACAAUGGCCUGUGGACAACUAGUGGUCUGCAGUGUGCUUGCUGGUGGUCUGUGGCGAGCUGUCCCAUGGUACUGGGGCCUUCUUUGUUUCCAGCUGCUAAAUGGCAUUAAAAGACAUUCAAGCCACAUUCAAUACUGAUCUAAAUGUUUCCUCUCCAGGUGAGCAGUGGUAGUUGUAGUUUGGAUGUUAUGUGGCUGUGACUGGGAAGGGAGAUACAGAGACUGUGUGUGGGUAUUAAAAAUGUGGGUUGUGCUAUGAACAGAGUUGAGAACCCCGUGUAGACAGAAUAGUUAAGAAGCAGGAGGGAAGAGUUAAAAGUCAUGGAAUAGUUAAUGUAUUACAUACCAGAUGCCAUGUUCUAGAGGAAGAUUGUACAUAUUGGGCCAAAUUCAUGCCUGGUGUACCUCCACUGACUUGAAUGAGUUUACAGGUGGGAUGAACUUGUCCCAUGUGGUUAUUUUUUUAUGAUCCUCAUCCAUAGUUAGAUUCUGGAUCUGUGGAACAAGUGCUAAUCCUCAAAGUUGUGAGUAA